AUGCAGGUAACAGUAACAUCGGCAGACGGAGACCAAAUGGCUCAGAUCAAUGUGGAACCCACACACCAGCUCAACUCUGUGGCUCCACAGCUUCAGCAACACUUUGGCAUUCCAGCAGCAUCUCAAGUGCUCAUGCUCGAUAGCAAUCCGUUGAGUAUGAAUCAGACGUUCGAGGAGACGGGGGUCAAGGACAAUGAUUUGCUGGUGAUUAUGCACAGCCCUUCGACUGCAUCUGCUGCUACAAGAUCUACUGUGACGAGUAUGUCGAGUUAUACGGCUCGCACGGGCAUGAAGAUGCACGAGAUUCCGCAGAAUAAUGCCUCGCCAGAAAUCCUUCUCGAUAUUAUGGACAAGAACCCUAUGCUUUUGGUAGAGCUGCAACAAGCGAAUCCAAAGUUGGCAACAGCACUACAGACCAAAAGCGUGUCAGAAGUACGUAUGGCAUUAAUGCAGAUGCACAUGGAGGCAGCAUCUCGGAAGUUUGAGGAGCAACGGGAGAUUGAGGCUCUGGAGCGAAACCCGUUCGACGCUGAUGCUCAAGCCAAAAUUGCGGAGCGUAUUCGCCUCUCAAACGUUCAAAAGAACAUGGAGAUUGCUAUGGAAGAGAUGCCCGAGGCAUUUGGACGUGUCACCAUGCUUUACAUUCCUUGCGAAGUGAACGGGACAGAAGUGAAGGCGUUUGUCGAUUCUGGAGCACAGUCCACCAUCAUGUCGUCGAGUUGUGCAGAACGAUGUGGUAUCAUGCGCCUUGUGGACAAGCGUUUUGCUGGGCAGGCUAUUGGCGUGGGUAUGGCGACAAUCAUUGGCAGAGUGCAUGUGGCCGCAUUAAAGAUCGGUAAUGAAUUUUACAACUGCAGCUUCACGAUUCUGGAUCAACAGGGUGUUGACUUCCUGUUUGGACUGGAUAUGCUCAAGCGGCAUCAGUGUUGCAUUGAUCUGAGCAAGAAUGUUCUGCGUCUUCAUGAAGGCGAUCGCUUCCACGAAGUUCCCUUUUUGCCAGAACACGAAAUCCCGUCGUCGGAGAACCGCACAGACUCCGCACAACCUCCGACCAAAAGUGGUGAUGUGCCUGUUCCUGCGUCAAGUCCAGGCUUUACCCCACCUUUUGCCGAAGCCAUCCAGUCUUCCGCUCUACCUCCUACUGCUACUGGUCAAGGCGGCGAAGCAAAGAUCGCUCAACUGGUGGCAUUAGGCUUUCCCGAGCAGCAGGCUAUCCAGGCGCUGCGGACUUGCAAUGGCAACGUCGAAAUGGCUGCCGGGCUUCUUUUUGAUAGCAUGUAG